ACAAACACAUAUACAAUACAAUCCUGUGGACACAUACAAUACAAUCCUGUGGGGAAAUAGCUUAACAUAUACACUCUUAUACACAGCAGAGUUGUCCUCAAUAUGAGUGGCUCUAGGAAUACGCGACGAGCCUCAGCAUUCAAUCCCAAGUCGGGACAAUUUCGGAGUGUGAGGCGCCCCUGCUUCACGCUGAAGCGUCCGCUGGUCUUUCAGGUGCGCAAGUCCCUAGUGGAGUAUGUGGACGAAAAGCUGCUGAAAAUGAACACGUCGGUGUUCUAUCAGCGCAUCUUCAUACUGGCCAAGAAUGUGGAGCCCAAGAGCGACAGUGAACUGCAAGCAGCUGAGGUCAAGUUCGAAUCAGAUGCGAUGCGCGCCGCUGAGGGCAUGGCCGAGGAGGAUCAGCACUACUCGGAAGUGGCCAUGCCGGAUGUGCCAAAUGUGCCGGAGGCGGCGGAGACGACAGAGGUGCCGGAGGUAAACAAGGAUCCUGCUAUUCCUGCAGGUGGGGCUCACUCGUCAGUGAAAAUAAAAGAUGAAAUCGAAACUGAAACCUUAACCCACACAUUUCGAUUUAAUGAGUAUUCAUAUGGGGACGACGACCAAGAGACAGAUAACACGGAAGUUGAACCAGAAAUAGUCGAACAGCCCAAGGACGUUUUCAACUAUUUUACCGAAAUGCUACAGGAGCUUCACGCAAAAUGUCGCGAAUUGAUCUACUCUCACGAUCCCCUGUGUGGACUGGUGCUCUAUAUGAAUGACUACACCAUGAUGAUGCUGGAAGGCUGCGAGGAUAUGAUAGGCAUCUUCUGCGCGAAGCUCUUGGAACGAAUUCCUGAAUACUGGAAAGAUCAUCGAGUCUUCCAUAUUGAAGAUCACAUCAAAGAGCUCUACACUAGGCAGCUCAUGUUCAGGCGCAUACCAGCUGCCUUUCUCAACGAAAAGUUUCCGCCCUCGACGCCCACGGACGAGUACCUGAUGGGCAAACAGCAUUUGAUUAUCAAGGAUAAGCUAUUCACCAUAUGCUCGCUGAUCAGCGAGAGCAUGGAGCCAAUCGAUCAUGAUUCGUCUCAGCAGGACUCGUCUCUCCAAACAGAGGGCACUGAUUUUGACGAAAUGGAGGGUGAAAGCGAAGGGAGUCUUGGGCAACAGAGAAGCCAGCCGCUCAGUCAAAUGCAGCGCCUAACUGUUGCCAUCUCAGAGACGUUGCCAACGGAUAUCUUUCGAAAAUGGCUGCCGGAAAUACAGCGCAUAGAGCUAGUAUUGGCCUCAACACGGUUCUAUUAUACUCUGGAGGAGUUCUGUGGCCUCUAUGGCCAGGUGCCGUAUAGACCCGAUGAUGACGGUGCCUUCUGGCCCAUACAGAACAACCUUACACCGGCAAAUAUCUACAGGCGUUCGCCGUUUGACAUUAACCUGACCUUUGCGGAGUAUGCGGCCGAAAUGAAUCGUCGCCUGCAGGAGGAGCAGGAGAAGCACAAGGCUGAGCAGGAGGCAGCCGCUGCAGCUGAGGCACUUGCCGCUGCGCAGACGAAGCCGCAGGCCAAGGCACAGAAGGCCAAAGUGGAGGAGGAGCCAGAGGAAUAACAUUUUCAGUUUCGAUAUUAUUAGUUCGUUCGUUCGCUUCGCUCGCAGCUUGAACUUUCGCUCAGUGUAGAUGUCGACAUUGGAUAUGGAGUAGCUGUCGCUGUGUUAUCUACCAAAACUCGCGUUCGGUUACAAUAUUCUCGCUCUCGUGCACAUGAGUGCAUUCAGUGUAAAGACGGUGGGCGGUUCCACUGAAAGGCGGCGGUGUGGCGGUGCGGUGGUUUGGCUGAACUAUGGCUGGUGGCUCGUGGCUCGUGGUUGGUGGCUGCGGCUGUAAACGCUGCUUACUUGUUUUGGUUUGCCACUUGAAUGGGUCGACUCUGUUAACAUAAACAUAAAUUUGUGCGCAUCCUUAAGAAGACACACAUGCACAUUAAUAUACAUGCGUGUGUGUGUGUGUGGGAGUGGGUGUGUGUGUGUGUGUAGGAGGAGGAGGGUUGUGGGCUUUUAACAUAAACCACAACAGACGCCAGCUGUCAGAUGUAAUACCGUUAGCUUGCAGCUGUCAGAAGCUGUUGCUGUCAUUUUAAGUCACUUGACAGUUCACACACACACACACACACACACACACACUUACGCUCACCAUAUAAACACACAUAAUUAUAGCUGCUCAGAAACUGGAUUUGCCUUUGCAAAAGAGAGAGGAUUUCCUAACAUUUAGCUUAAAGCCUCUUGGAAUUGGGUUUUUAAAUUCAAAGUUCAG